CUAUAAUUUGUGGGUGAAUGGUUGCAUGCCGGAUUGUACACUAACAUUGUAAAUGUGCUUUGAGUAUUUAGAGGUUAGUGCUUCAUCAUAAGUGUGUUACAAUGAUUGCUCUUACAAUUUUUUCAAAUGGAGAGGAUGAUUUGAGAAAAACUAACUUUUUUUUCAUUCGGCAAAACACUUGUCACCCUCAUUCGUCAUUGUGUUGUGCUACAGUGGUUGCGUUUUAACCUGCAUGUCGUGACUUGGAUCCCCAGCUUGCUCGAGGCCCUGUUACAGUAUUCUCGAGUACUCAUCAGCGUUAUUAACUUUCCUUUCAUGGCAAAACACGUCACUAUCAUUCGUCAGUGUGAGGACGGCUGAAUGAGAGAUUGUACACUAACAUUGUAAACGUGCUUUGGGUAUGUUGAAGGUCGUGGCACUGCAUAAGUGAAUUCCAGAAGCGUGUAGCUGAGAAGACACAAAGAGUUGGAGCAAAAGUAUGAGACGUUGUCCCUGAUCCAGAAAGGAGGCAAUGGAGCAGUCUAUGGUGGGAUCCGAAAAGCGGAUGGCUUGGUGGUGGCGAUCAAACACAUCCCAAAGAAUUGCGUGCGGAUGUGUCGGUUAAUAAACGCGUAUCUGGUCCCACUGGAAGUUGUCCUUAUGCAGCAAGUUGGAGGACGACAGGGAAUCAUUUCUCUGCUAGACUGGUACAGUCUGGAGCGAGAGAUCGUUCUGGUGAUGGAGAGGCCAGUACCCUGCAUGGACCUCUUUGACUACAUCUAUGGAAAGGGCCAAAUGGAGGAAGCAGAGGCAAAGAACAUCUUGAAACAGCUGGUAGACGCAGCAUCCACAAUGGACGCUGCAAACAUUUUUCAUCGAGACAUCAAGCUUGAAAACGUCCUCGUUAACAGCAGCGGCGAGGUCCCUCGCGUCUGGAUCAUCGACCUCGGAAACGGCUGCUUUGGGACCACUUCGGUGCACACGCAUUUCUUCGGAACCGCCGACUUGGCUCCGCCAGAGGUUGCUGCAUGCGGCGAGUAUAAGGCCAACCCCACCACAGUUUGGCAGCUCGGGAUUCUGCUAUAUGAAAUUCUGCAUUGCGCUCCAUUCCAACCGGAGGAGUUCUUCCCGGAGAGGCAAAUUGACGCGAGGCUCUCUCACAGUAAGUUGAAGGAUCCAGUCGGUACUGGCCACGAUACUGUCGGCAGCGUUUCACUCCACGUUGUAGUUUGUAGAGCACUGAAGUUGCCAUCUGAAACUUUUCCUUCCGUCUGUCCUCGCAGCCUGCCAAGAUGUCCUGAGCGCAUGCCUGACUAGAGACCCAGACGCCCGUGCCACUCUGUCCCAGCUUCAAAGGCACCCCUGGUUCCACUGAGGCUGCACGGAAGAUCAACCUUUUUUAUUCCUGAAAUUGUCAUUUCAACUGUAUAUAUUCCUGUAUAAAGAGAUCAAACAGUGA